AUAUUGAUUUUCUUAGAACGUUACGACGAGCGAAAAUGCGAACCUCGCUUUUGAGUUUUUGACAAAAAAUAAUUGUAAAUCAUGAGAAAGGGCACUGACAAAAUCAAAUACAUCUGAAAAAGUUGCGAAAAUUUUAAGUGCUCAUCUGUGUGUAUAAAAUUUGAAACUAUGGCUAUUGUUUUGAAGUCGCUCUCCGUUUUAUUAGGAUUGUUUUUCAUUUUUGUGGGUUUCAUCAAACUGACAAGUUUCAUUUCUAAGGAUUUACACAAGGAUUUGAGGAAAGAAUAUGUUAGAUAUUCUAAAGUAUUUCCAUUUUCGGAAAUGUUCGACUUCAAAGUACCUUCUAAAUGGUAUAGACGUAUUGUUGGAUCCAUAGAGAUCGCUUGUGGGAUAGCUUUAGCAUUUUAUCCUAACCAUAAAGUGAAAAAUGGUGCCAAUGUUUGCCUUCUUUUUCUGACGCUACUGGCUGUAUAUUCGCACUACAUGGUGGCGGAUAAGAUGGAGCGGACAGCACCAGCUUUAGUAUUCCUCUUUAUGCUGUGUGGUCGCCUGGUGGUUUAUUAUCAAAUCUCCAAGAACGAAAACCCUGAGGAACCAACUGCCAAUGGAAUCAAACAAGACUAAAAAAUGUAGCACAAUUUUUUUUUUUAUUAAAUUCUUUAUUUUUCUUU